CAAUCACAUUACUCGUAUCAUGAACUCAAAAUAAAGAAAACCAGUGAUCUAUCCUGUUUAAUGAAGGGUAAACUUAUCUAAAAUCAUUGUAUCUAGCUUGAAUUUCUUACUAAACGGAUGUUCAAAAGUCAGUAAAAAUGAGUAGCCGUGGGUAGAGCUGAAUUGGGCAACUCGGCGAAGAAGGAAGAAAGCCAGCGAUACCAGAAAAAAGGACAUACCGUAUGAUAAAGAUUUGUGGAUCAGAGGAAAAGAGAGAUGUGAGUGAAAAGAGAAGCGCGAGAGAGCAAGGGAAUGAGAACGAGGGAGAGAGAACAGCGAUGAUAAUAAUGAUAAUGAUAGUAGUAAUUGUAUUAGUAAUAGUGAUAUUGAUGAUAGUUGUAAUUGUAAUAGUAAUAGUGAUAUUGAUAAUGAUAACGAUGGUGAUAAUGAUAGCGAUGGCGAUAAUGAUAGCGAUGAAAAGAUAAUGAAAUGGUAAUGACAGUAACAAUAAUAACAUAAUUUCAAAGAUAAUGAUAGUGAUAAUGAAAAUGAUGCUACUAAUGAUGAGCGAUUAUCAUAAGGGGAACCAAAAUAGAACGGAGACCCCCCCCCCCCCCCCCAUCAAUCUCGCUCGCCACAACAAAUGUGAGAAGAAAAGUGGAACGGGAGGAAGGAGAAGAGGAAAAGAAGUGAAAAUAGAGAGAGGGAAAGGAUUGACGAAGAAAGAAAGGAACAAGGACACGCAGCAUCGGAAGAAGGACGAGCUCAAAGACAGUCCUAUGGUGUUAUUUGUUCUCCUGUUUCCCUCGGGCACUGGUUGCGGUUCGGGCUUGGCAGAGGAGGGUUAGUGAGCGUGUGGCUUGGCCCUCGGGAGGCCUUCGUUCAGGGAGGAGGCACACCGGCCUGCUUUUGUGAUGUGCUCUGUGUGAUAAGUGCUUUUUGGGCUCCAUAUAUUAUCCAGAAGCUCCAAGUGGUGUAUCAAAACCAAAAAUGGAUUCAGAUAAAGAGCUUGGUUUGUGGGUGGCUGCCUCAUUCAUGGGGAUGAAUCGAAGGCAGCGUAUUGUCAUGGCCAUAAUUGUGAGCGGUUCCCUUGUCUACAUCAUCCUCACGCAGGCCUUGCUGGUGUUUGGUAGUGCCCCAGGGGAACCCACACAACCAGAGGUCAGGAAGCUUUGUUCAGUUGACCUGAAGAGAGAAGACAGUACCAAGGGAAGUAACAACAGUGCUCCUAUCAUCUAUGUGGUCACUCCAACAUACCGUCGUCCAGAGAUGGUGGCUGAACUGACGAGACUUGGUCAGACACUGACUUUGGUGAAGCGCAUCCACUGGAUUGUGGCUGAGGACAGUCUCACCUGCACUGCCCCCAUCACAGGGCUGCUUCAGAGGCUUGGUCUCUCUUAUACACACCUGGCAAGUCCCAUGCCAGAAGUAUACCGGAAGGAGAGGUAUGUCCCGAGGGGCGUGUCUAACCGCAGGGCUGCGCUGGAGUGGGUGCAAGAACAUGGCUCUGACAGAGCAGUCCUGUUCUUCUUAGAUGAUGACAACGCAAUAGAUGUCCGGCUCUUUGAGGAGAUGAGGCCAACAGAAACCGUUUCCAUGUGGCCUGUGGGGCUUAUAGGAGAUUACACAGUGAGCUCACCCAUUGUUAAGGAUGGUAAGGUAGUUGCCUUCUAUGAUGGAUGGCCAGCCGGGAGAAAGUUCCAAGUAGACAUGGCAGGAUUUGCUGUAAAUGUUGGCUUCUUGAAGAAACAGAAAAAAGUGACAAUGCCAUACAUAGCUGGGCAUGAAGAAGAUGGCUUCUUGAAGUCGCUAGGUUUAAGCAUCAAAGAUAUUGAAGUGAAGGCUGAUGGCUGCACAAAAAUAUAUGUCUGGCACACACGCACUGCCAAAAACCCAUCAAGAGCACUGAAGUUGGAGAAGCAUCAGAACGACAACAUUAAAGUACUUACAGACAAUAUGCGAGAAAUGGGGAUGAUAAAAUAAUUCGCUGAGAUUUUUAUCUACUUAUUUAUUUUUUACCUGUUAACUCAAAAGUGGUCUCAACUUGUUGAUUAAGUUGCAGUUAUGUAUGUUUAAGUUUUACCAAGAAUAAUUUUGGAAUGUGAUAUUACAAAUGUUCGUUUUGUGGUUGCAACUUUUGAAUUAAUUCCCUGAAAUGAGAAAGUCCUCUAGUCCUUGCAACCAAACAUAAUUGUUGAGAAGGAAUCUGUUAUUGAUUAAAAGCAUUGUUCAUAUGUUAUCCUUAUAUACUACUCUGAGGUAAUUGACUUAUACCUUUAUGCAUACUGUAUUAUGAAAAGGAAAAUAUCCUGAAUAUAUUUCAUAUAUUCAGAUAUUCAGUAAGAAAAGGAAUUUUAUACUAGUAUAUUAGUAUAUUUUUUUUUGCAUUUGUGAAAUGCAAGCUUGAAAUAUAAGGCAUACACAAUAUUUUCAUAUGAUAUAAGUUACACAUGCACAUAUGUUAACAUAUGUACUUACCCACUCAAAUGGGGCUACAUGUUGCAUGUCUUCUGGCACCAUGUAAAGCUUGUAAGUGUUGAGGGUGAUCUUUUCAUUGUCAUUAUACACCUUCCUGUUGAAGCUGCAGAGUGCAUGUGCCUGUAAUAGUUGUGAUAGCUGUAAUAGUUAGUGAGUGAGUGUAUGUGUGUGUGUGUGUGUGUGUGUGUGUGUGUGUGUGUGUGUGUGUGUGUGUGUGUGUGUGUGUGUGUGUGUGUG